AGUCUUCUACUACAAACACAUCCCAACACAUCCCGAAAGACUUUGAAAGAAGAUGCAGUCUGAAGAGUACAGCCAAAGAGGUAAAGAGCUUAUCGACUAUAUUACCAAAUACCUGACCACUAUCAGGGAGAGGAGGGUCCGUCCAGACGUGCAGCCUGGAUAUAUGAGAGCGCUGCUGCCUGACAGUGCGCCCGUAGAGCCGGAGAACUGGGACGAGAUUUUCAAGGACAUCGAGAAGAUCAUCAUGCCAGGGAUUGUACACUGGCAGAGUCCCCACAUGCACGCCUAUUUCCCCGCUCUCACCUCCUGGCCCUCACUCCUGGGAGACAUGCUGGCAGAUGCCAUAAACUGUGUGGGAUUCACCUGGGCCUCUAGCCCAGCGUGCACAGAGCUGGAGAUGAACGUGAUGGACUGGCUCGCUAAAAUGCUGGGACUCCCCGAACACUUCCUUCACCAUCACCCAGACAGCAGGGGAGGUGGAGUCUUACAGAGCACUGUCAGUGAGUCCACACUGAUUUCCCUGCUGGCUGCUAGAAAGGCAAAGAUCCAGGAGAUGAAGGUGUAUGAACCAGAAGUGGACGAAUCCAUUCUGAAUUCCAGACUUGUCGCCUAUGCAUCAGAUCAAGCGCAUUCAUCCGUGGAGAAGGCUGGCCUGAUUUCUCUGAUGAAAAUGAGAUUCCUGCCAACUGAUGACCAGUUCUCUCUCAGAGGAGAAACUCUGAGGGCUGUUAUUGAAGAAGACAGAAAGGCCGGCCUUAUACCAGUCCUGCUUUGUGCAACUUUAGGUACCACUGGCGUUUGUUCCUUUGACAGCCUUUCAGAGCUGGGACCGAUAUGUGCCAGUGAAGGUCUCUGGCUACACAUUGAUGCAGCCUAUGCAGGGACAGCCUUCCUCUGUCCAGAGUUCAGGGUUUUCCUUAAAGGAAUCGAAUAUGCAGACUCUUUCGCCUUCAACCCUUCAAAAUGGAUGAUGGUUCAUUUUGACUGCACAGCAUUCUGGGUCAAGGAUAAAUACAAGCUUCAGCAAACUUUUAGUGUCAACCCUGUCUACCUCAGACAUGAAAACUCAGGAGCUGCCACUGAUUUUAUGCAUUGGCAGAUCCCACUCAGUCGCAGGUUCCGCUCUCUAAAGCUCUGGUUUGUGAUUCGCUCGUUUGGAGUCAAAAACCUUCAAGCACACGUUAGACAUGGUACCGAGAUGGCAACGCUUUUUGAGUCUCUGGUCAGAAAGAAUUCAGAUUUUGAAGUUCCUGCUGAAAGACACCUUGGUCUGGUUGUGUUUCGCUUAAAGGGACGAAACAGCCUGACAGAGGAGCUCCUGAAAGAACUGACCAGAUCGGGCACCAUGUACCUUAUCCCAGCUGCUAUCCGUGACAAGCUGAUCAUCCGCUUCACUGUCACGUCACAGUUCACAACCAGAGAGGACAUCCUCAGGGACUGGAGCAUCAUUCACCACACUGCCACCGCAGUACUCAGCAGACACUCCGUGGACCAGGCUCCCGGCAAUGGCACCAAGAAACCCCAGACUAACAGUGAUGAUACGAAUGUUAGGGCCAAUGGGCUUUCUAAAAUGUCAGCUGCCCCAGAUGCAAAAACAUUCAGAGCAGCAAUGAGGUACUCUCUAAGUGAGCCAGAAGGGGAGACGUACUUGGCUAACCCAAGUACUGAAGAUCUUCUAGAUCCCUUUGAUGACACCUUCCCAGCGGAAGUUCACAGUGUCAAUAAAUUCUAUAGUCACCUAGGUGUGCAAGGCAGGAAGCUGAGCGUCCGCUCCCUGAGGUGUAACAGCGAGCCUCUUAGCAGCCUGAAAGACUUGAACAACCUCAGCCUCCUGUCCAAUGAGCCCACUGUUAAGAACGGGUCUCGCAAUAAAGACAGCCUCCCCUCCCAACUCCCCGAGAAAGUGAUUGUCCUUGAAAAAAGUGCCUUAAAGAAGCUGACUAAGUAUUACAGCGUGCCAAGCUUUUCACAAUGUGGUAUUCGGCAGCCCUGCUGCCCUUUACAAAGUUUUAGAACGUUUAACAAAACGUGGUUCACAUGCAACCCAGUGCACUCUGCUCUGACAUGCCUAACACACCAAAGCUAACAUUGCAGGCCGCUAUGCAUUUGUUGAUUGUUAAUGUGAUAGAAUACUAUAGAAAAUAGAAAAAAAAAAUUAUAUAUAUAUAUAUAUAUAUAUAUUAUAUAU